AUGAACUUCACCACGCGGUCGAGCUACUUUGGGGAGGCAAGCUCUGGAGGAAACUAUCAGUUGUUGUCCGCUUAUGAGGCGAGUUCGUCUUACAAGAACGAAGACUAUCCAAGCCGCCCCUCACCAAUUCGGAGGCAUUCGACUAGAAAUGUGCUCCUCAAACCUGAUCGUCGCAAAAAAUGCUCAAUCCCCGCUUGUGUCUGUAUGGCCUCCCCAACUACACCUCGUAGCCUUCUUCCAAAGGGCGAAAUCUGUGAUUGUGCACUCGGUAGCCUGCCAUAUCUGCCUCGUGAUAGCUCGCAGGUACUCUCCCAAGACUUAUAUUCUGCUCUUGAAGAGCUUGAAUUAGAAACAUCUUCCAAGGAUUUUCAAAGCCGGGGUCGGCGUUCGAUACGUGCCUCAGUCCGACAUGCAUCAGAAGGCUCUCCUAAUGGAGCUUCCCCUCACUCUCGACUCCUUCGACGCCUGAAAAUUCCUUCUUCGGGUCGACGUGGACCAAGGUCGGACCGUUCAGUCAUGAUGGAUCCGGAUCUGUCGCCUGCUUCCUCUACAUCCUCGUCACGUUAUGGCUCGCCUAUUCCUCGUCGCUCCCCAACACCCUUUACUCCCCGGAAUGCCGAGGCUGAGACACCGGAUUUUUACCAUAUUCAGCAUUUCGACCAAUAUUUUCAUGGUCAUUCCGUUGAUUUGGACGAGGGUAUAACCCCUGCGGGAACUGAGCCCUCAGGGCAAGAGGGAUGCGAGCCAGGGACUAAUGGUGCAGACCCAAUGGCGAUGCGGUUUAAGUUGCCGGACCCCAGGUUCGGCCCCAACCCCAAGAAAUAUUCGCGUUUUCCUUGA